AUGGAAGUAGUGGCUCGCUACGUGGAUCAAGUGAGAGUGCCGUCGGCCUCAAGCACUGUUUGGAAGGAUGAAUGCGCAUUCUCGUUCGAGACCCCUGAAAGCGACGAGGGUCUCUUCAUCGAUCUCAAUUCGUGGCUCGCUUUCAGCAAGGACUUUGCUAAGGCCAACUUCGAGAGGACUGGUCAUGGCCUCUACUUGAACAUCAAGCGACGAAUCAAGGAGAAGAAGGAAGAAGAAAAGAAGGAAGAAGGCGAAGAGCCGCCGAAGAAGAAGGCCUCUAUCCUGGGCAUUGGUGUGCCGGGCGGAUUCGAAGGAGACGCCAACAUGGAGCAGGAAGAAACCUACGCCCUCGUCGUGCUUCCCGAGCUUACCUCCUUCCCCAUCACCUCAGACGAGCUGCCUGAGAAGGUCAAGCAAGCGAUCGACGCCAUUGUUGCCUCGGAUUCGGCCUCCAAGGUCGAGGACCUGGCAGCCUGGGUGGCGGACAAGGACCUCGAGGUCAGCAAGCACGCCGACAACCUGCUGCAACUCGACACCGGCAGGAAGGUGCCGUCGUCGAACUGGAAGUGCGAACGUGAGGGCUGCGACAAGACGGAGAACCUGUGGCUCAACCUGACCGACGGUCUCAUUCUGUGCGGACGGAGGAACUGGGAUGGCUCGGGUGGCAACGGACACGCUCUCGACCACUUUGACCAAACGGGCUUCCCUCUCUCCGUCAAGCUGGGCACGAUCACUGCCCAGGGCGCAGAUGUGUUCGAUUACGUAAAGGGAGAUUUGGUGCAGGAUCCCAAGCUCGCCGAGCACCUGGCCCAUUGGGGCAUUGACAUGCACAAGAUGGAAAAGACGGAGAAGACGAUGGCCGAGCUGGAGCUGGAUCUGCAGUACUCGUUCGACUGGAACAGGAUUCAGGAACAGGGCAAGAGCCACAGUCCCAUCUAUGGUCCCGGUUUCACCGGUAUUCAGAACUUGGGCAACAGCUGCUACAUGUCAUCUGUGAUGCAAGUCCUCUUUGCUCUUCCCGACUUCCAGAAGAGGUAA